UCAAAAGUUGCUGAGAAUAUGAACAAUUUCGAGAACAAGAUAAUAUCGAGAUAUCUUUGACUUUGUUUCUGCCCCUACCCUGGAACCUGAAGCACUGGCACUUGCUGCAGCUGUAACUUCAGAUCACGUUGUAGAUCGAUCUAAACAAUAAUCCAUACCCGGCCGUAUCUGGGUCUUCUGCUAUUCGUUGUCGAACGGAGAUUGACAGAUGAUUUUUGAUUGAAAUAACUGGACGACCGAGUGUGUGAGAAACUUCUGUGCCGAGAUGGGGAAGAGGAAGUCAAAGAGAAAGCCGCCGCCUAAGAGGAAGCUUACGGGCAACCUAUCCAAAGUUUUCAAUUGCCCUUUCUGCAAUCACGAAAGUUCCUGUGAGGUGGUUAUGGAUCGAGCAAGAAGUACGGGCAUUAUAUCAUGUCGAGUAUGCUUAGAAGAUUUCCAGACAAGUAUCACAUAUCUCUCCGAGCCUGUUGACGUGUACGCAGACUGGGUGGAUGCGUGUGAAGAAGCUAACAACUGAUCCUGUGCUUCAAGUGAUGAGAAAUGCACGAACGCUGCCUAGCAGAAAGGUAGUUUAGUGUAUGUGUGUGUGUGUGUGUGUGUGUGUGUGUGUGUGUGUGUGUGUGUGUGUGUGUGUGUGUGUGUGUGUGUGUGUAUGUGUGUGCAUGUGCGUGUGUGUGUGUGUGCGUGCACGCGCAUGUGUGUGUUUGUGACAGUCAGUUUUACAGUCAAAGCAAGCCCUUUGCAUCCGUCUCCUGUCCAACUAUUAGCCUUUAUAUAUAUACCUCUACGAGACUCACGUGUACAUACACACAACAAAACACUUGAUGUCCGCCGACAAGUCUGGUCUUCUGUAUUUUACUCAUUGCACCUUGAGCGGAGUUCCAUCUUUCAUCUUUUUCUUCUUCUUUUUACCAACAUAUUGUGUGUUGAAUCUCGUCAGUCUUCCUUAGCGAAUUUUUUGUUGUCCUGUGCUUUGAUUUAUAUUGUUAAUUCAGCUUUGUGUCAUACAGAGAGUACAUAACAUUUAUGCACUCUUGGUCACAUCCGUGUUCUGGUCCAAGGUAGAAUCAUUUUAUUGUUCAAAGAGUUUAGUUCUUUUCUUUUUUUUGCUCGUUUAUGUUAUUACAUUUGUAGCCUCUGGUAGCGCUUUAGUCACCUUUAUCAAGUUAUGUUUUCAGUACUACAGUACUAUGUAAUGGCGUUGUAGUUCUGCUUGAAGUUUGCUUGUGUUGGCAAAUGUUGUUGAGAAGUCCACUUUGUUAGCACAGCGUAGGACGCUUCGGUGUACACUCUUUGUAGCGGGUCCAGCUAGUGCAGCUGGACCUAUGAAGAGUUCGCUGGCCAUAGUGCGUUCUUAGCAAUACGGUGUCAAUACCCCCAUUUUAUUACAAUGCAUAAAUGAGUUGUUUCUCUGCAAUACUAUGCAAGUCUCAUGA